AUGCUGCACAUGCUUGAAUCUAACAAGCAGAAACUGAACACUUCCCGCGAGUCCGAAAGGCUCACGCAAAGACACGCGAGAUUCAUGCACGAAACCUUAGGACAGUAUGCUCUCUUAAAAGAAGACAUUAAGAAAUUACAGAAGGAAACGGAAUCCACCAGAUUAAUACUGUCUUACGACAUUUGUGAGGCUGUCACCGCAACAAAAAGAGAGGUUGUGAACGUAAAAAACGAAAUAUCCACAGGUCCUCCCAUUAAGGAUCAAAUCCAAGCCUUAACGGAGGAAUUUAAACUAUUUCGAGGUAACAUUGACUCUCUUUUGAAGCAAUUUCGACAAGAAUCAGACUCUACUCAUCUUGUUGAAGAGCUGAGAGAACUUCGUCGAGUAUUCAACGAAUACGGUCUGAGGAAGGAAUCUACUCAGCCACCUUGCAGUCCUCUUACACAAGAUUUUCGCGAUCAGGAGAGUGUGGAACAACAACACCGAAAAACUGAACUACUCCACCAGCAAGUUGUUGACCUGAGAAUGCAACUAAAUGCGGAAGUAGCCGAAAUACGAGAGGAAAUUAACUCUAUGUCCAAAGACAUCAAAGAACUAACUGUCGCUUCCUCUAACUCUCCGUUGCCCUCGGUUCAAGCAAACUUAGAAGAACUCAGAAGGGAAAACAGAGAGCUACGAGAUAUCACAGUGGACUCAGCAGCCCCAAUCCGACUAGCAAUAGAAAGCCUCAGGAAAGAGCUGAAAAACCAGUUAUAUGUCGGGGAAGCAGAUCUUUCAGAACAUAAAUGCAAAUCACAAGACCUUAAUGAUCAGGAACAAAAACACCACUCAACAUCGCAUAAUUAUAGAACCCCCCACUCACCUUCUCGGAAGUCCUGA